AGACAUCCAGCUGACGACUGACAGGUGUAGGUCUGUGACCAGGGGCUAUAAAUCCCACAGGUCAGCUCUCCAGCCACCCUUUGGGGAAAGACAAACAGUUGUGGGGAGCACUCAGGACCUGCCUUCAGUGAACCAUGGGGCUCAGUGACCAGGAGUGGCAGCAGGUCCUGACCAUUUGGGGAAAGGUGGAGUCCGACCUUGCCGGCCAUGGGCAUGAAAUUUUAAUGAGACUCUUUCAGGACCACCCUGAGACCUUGGAUCGUUUUGAAAAGUUCAAAGGCCUGAAGACCCCUGAUCAGAUGAAGGGCUCUGAAGAUCUGAAGAAACACGGAGUUACUGUCCUCACCCAACUGGGAAAAAUCUUGAAGCAGAAGGGUAAUCAUGAGUCAGAGCUGAAGCCCCUGGCUCAAACCCAUGCGACCAAGCACAAAAUCCCUGUCAAAUAUCUGGAGUUCAUUUCUGAAGUCAUUAUCAAGGUCAUUGCUGAAAAACACUCAGACUUCGGGGCUGAUUCCCAGGCUGCGAUGAAGAAGGCCCUGGAGCUGUUCCGAAAUGAUAUGGCCAGCAAGUACAAGGAGUUUGGUUUCCAGGGUUAGCACAUACGCACAGAGGAACACCACGAAGGAGGCCUGGCCAUGCAUCUUAGAAUAGCUUCCCCAGCACUGUUUUGAACUCUCACAAUUGGCCAUCCAAGAUGUGUGGGAAAGCUUUGAUGAGAGGCCAAGAGUCACUCCAGGCAGCAUAGAGGCACUCAGAGUGAUAUCUAUGAUAAACCGUUGUUUCUUGGCUUCAUGUAUACAAGAGAAAUAAUCUGCUUUCUUAGGAAAAAUAAUGUAUGGGGUUAUCUGUGAGCUUCUGC